GGACAACAUCAGUCGGUCUAAGAAUAGACACCGGGAAAACGUCGAUCUCAUCACCAUGGCAACCUCCUCAGGCGUUUCUAAACGAAGAAAGCAUGCAGUCCAAGUUGAGGCCCCAUCGACGGAGGAGGAGGAAAUAUCUGCCACUCCAGUCGACUCAAUCCCUGAGGCCGCCUGGGGGGCGGAGCCAAACUUUAACCUUGACCUGACUCUGACGUCUCCAAGUAAUCCUCGGAACUUUUCCAAGAUGCACUUUAGCAAGAAAAGGGAUGAAAGUAACAAAGAAGAAGGUAAACGAGGCAUGAGAGGAACUGCUGCAAUGGAACCCAAAACUUUGGUUCCACACGCUGAAAAACCGAAAAGCAGAAUUCCAGCGUUGUCACCAGCAGCUGAGGUGAAAGUGAACACGGAAGGGAAUCUAUUCAAACCUCCAUAUGUGAAACCCGUCCCAACCCUCUUUCCUGUGGCACACAUGGGAAACAACACGGCACUGAGUCAAAGAUCUCACCAAGUGGAACAGACAGCAAACAAUCCAACAGUUGUAGCCAGAAGCCCAACAUCCAACCUCACAUCAGACCUGGAAAUACAAUCAAAUGCAGAAGAAGAAGGAGGAGAUGUGAAGACUCCAACACCACAAACUCUGUGUGUUCCCAUAAUCCCAAAAAAGCACAUCAAGACAGAAGAGACAAACAGGAUAAGCCCAAAAUUAGCCUCAAGGUUCCCCACAGGGUCCACUGGAACCAAAAAACCAGAUGUAGAAAUGAUCCCUAACAUGACAAAAACUAUCUCAAAAAUACCCUGUCCAAACCCAGAAACUAAGAAAAUGGAUUCAGCACUUCUCUGCACCAAAACACUUCAUGUAUCUUCUCUGAGUCCCAAACCAUGGACGCAAAGACCCACCAACACAACUGGUAAGAAGUCCCAAUCCAACGAGAACCUCAAUGAUAAAGACACAAAUUCCUGUUCUGGACCCAAAACUAAUGUCAAGUUUUCAAACUCCAAAGAUGUGGAAGUCUCCAAAAACUGUAAGGACUCUGCAUCCAACCACAGCUCAACAUCUCUGAUGGGAUCAAGGGACACUCUGGACUCAAAGAGCAGCUCUGACUCCAAAAGUAGUUUGGACUCGAAACCUGUGUCUAGAAUCAGUGCCAGAAUCAACACUGACCACAAAUCACUAAAAGAAACAAAGCCAGACAAAAGUUGUCCCGGUUCUAAGAUAUUUGCCGGUUCAAAGACUACUGUGAGGUCAAAGGCUGCCCGAGAUCCAGAAUCUGCUCCAAACUCUGAAGCUAGUUUGACUUUCAAAACAAGUCUUAAAGCCACCAUUUCAGGAGUCAUUAAUCCCCCACUGAAGGACUCCCAUUGUGUCCUAGACCUUUGUGGACCUGAUUCCCCCAUACUAAGAAGUGGCCCGAAGAUUAUCAGUGCUUCUGCUAAGCCCAGUUCAGAUCUCAAAGCUGAACUAGAAACCUUGCCAGUGGAAGCUACUCCUCUGGAAGACUUCUCUUCAGUGAUGCUUUCUUCUCCGCUGGUAAAAACAGGAUCCCAGGAGGAGGAGAAGAGGAGCACCUGCUCUUUUCCAGGUCUGUUGGCGCCUUUGGCCACCUCCAGUCCCAAAACCACAACUAGGAUUUCCUCAACAGUCAAGGAUGGUUCCAAACUUGAGUCGACAACUAAUGAUUUUCUCAAAACAAACUCUGACAAAUCCCCGGGUCUAACUCAGGCUCUCACUGUAACCAAGACAACGAUGAAAACAUUUGUUGGACAGGAACAUUUGAAAACACCACAAGGUAAAGUCAAAAUUUCAGGAGGUCCAUCGUUGUGUCCUGAGGCAGCGACUGUUAGUGAGAGGUCACCAGGAGACACGAGGUUGACCACACAUCGGGGAACUGAAAUUAUCGUAAACUCUGGAGGCAACAUCUUACCGUCAGGAACAAGGCGUGAAGGAAGCAAAAAAGAAGCCAUGAAGUCUUUGUCAGCUUCUGGCCCUCUUUUUUCUCCUCACAUUUGUUUGCCAACGUCCAAGAUGGUGAAGGAGACUUGGACCAUGACUGACCAGCAUGGGAGGCAAAGUUUUCAGGUAAGGGAUCAGAAGGAGGUAGGCAUCCAGGUGGGAGUGGAAACAUCUGAACGCUCCACCUCUACAAGCCCCAGCUCAGUGUUUGGCGCCCCCUGGUGCCAGCCUGCAGCUACAACCUCAGUGAGGAGUGUCUCGGCCGAACGGUCGUCCCUCAAGCAUGUUUGUAAAAUCGACAUCGAGCUACGCGGUCAAAGUCUACUCCCCUCCAUCAUAAGUGACAAAUGUCAAUCACUGCCGGCGUGUUUGCGCACCUACAGCUUCCAGGAAGAGCCCCACCUCAUGGCGCCACUCGGACAGAACCAGGACAAAGGCGUUAGCGCUGAUAGUAUCUGUGAGGACGACGAAGAUGAGGAAGCUGGAGAAAAGGCAGAGAAGCCACAGGCGGUGGCGUGGGACGAGCAAGGGAUGACGUGGGAGGUGUACGGAGCCUCGGUGGACCUGGAGUCUCUGGGCACCGCCAUCCAGUCCCACCUGGAGUCCAAGAUAAGGGACCAGGAGAAGCACAUCCGGACUCUGAGGAAGUCCAUCUGCUCUGAAGGAAACCUGCUCAGCAAGAAACAGAAAAAAGGAAGAGGCGGAGCUCUGGUGUGCUGUGGGGGGGCGUCAGCAGUGUCGGACUGAUUUCACCUCCACGCUGUCAACAUCCAGAGCAUGUCUGCUUGACUCGGCAUGCAAAUGAUGAUUCAUAAACACGCUUGAAUGAUCUGAACACAACACUUUUCUGCUUUUAGUGAAACUUCUGCAUCGAUCGAUUCAGAGGUGAACUCAACCAGUCCAAAUCCUGAACGGCCAUGUUGGUACCAGGAGGACACACCAACCACUGAUCUGACUGGAAGAAUCAAGAUUUUCUCCUGUCUCAACAUCUGUAUCUUUGAAAAAAAUAAUGCUUUCAGUGAAGUUUCUGUACGAGUCACAUGACAGGAAAUCAAUCAGAAAUAGAAAACCAGGAUCUGUCUCUGUGGUUGUGUCCAAAUUCUCUUAUUACUCUCAGAUUAGUUCACUAUUUAUAGGAUUUGGGAAUUUUUAGGAGUAUACAAUUUCAACAAUUCUAAAAUCCAGAAAUUCACAGAAGUUACUACAGAAAUCAACUGUGCAUUCAUACUUUCAAGAUUGGCGAAAAUGGACCACAAUGCAUUGCGGCUGCGAUUUAAGGAUAUUUUCAAUUGAACUAAAAGUAUGUACAGUUAUUUUUUAUAAAUCAUCCAAGUUUUCAUCAUCAGGACUCAAUGGAUUUCUAAAUAGUCUUCGUAAAAUGUUCAUGUUACUUCAGGAAUGUCCAAAUUACGUUAAAAUCCAAGACACUGUAUAAUCUCGGGUUAUAUAGUCUUUAAGGAGUUAGAGAAUAGUGAGAGAAUUCGGGAAUAUUUGUCUGUUCCAGGAAUAAUCUGUAUGGUCCUUAACCCUUUAACACCGGAGCUUUAGUGCCAAUGUUCACGUUCUUUGAACUACCGUGAAGGCUGGUUUAUACUUCAAAGCUAUUCGUAAUCGUUUACGUUGAAUCUACAAUCUGGUUUUUACUGAAAACAGUCAAAAAUGGACUAGUGCUUCAAGAUUCUGACCUGAUUGUUGAACCUGACAGUUGCAUGCUGGGACAUUGGAGCAUCUUGUACAGUUGAUUCAGAUUCCUGUACCAUCUGUGUCAGCUGGAGAUGUUUAGAGGUGUGUCUGUGUUUGAUCCAGCAGCUUCUCAGCCCUCCAGUCUGAAACAGUGGAGCUGCUGAUGUGGAGCAGAAGCUGCUAAAUAUUUCAUCCGGUUCAUCUCAACACACAAAGCCAACGAUUGUAUGGUUUCCUGUCUGACUUUUACCUUUUCCCCUUUAGGUUGCUGCUCCACUUUCUCCUUUUUCUUCUCUCACUCCAGUUUUCAGUGUUUUCUUUCUAUUAUUUCUAUUCUAUCUGUUUCUUGAUCUCUGAUUAUUUAUCUCUGAUCCUGUUUCUCUUUCUUGUUCCUCUUCUUUUUCCACACACUUCCUUUUGUUCUGAACUCUUUCCUUCUCUCAUGUGGACGUGUCUCUCCUCUUCUGAUCUCUUUUCCUGCUCUCUUCUGUGAAGAGUGGAGCUGUUGACGGAGCUGGAUGUGAAUUAUUCAUCAGCAUUAAAGUGGUGUUCUUGUUAA